AUAAAACGCAAAAAUAUUAAAAGUCAGACGACAAAUUUAAAGCUUGCGAAUUUUGCGCGCCAAUUUCUAGAACCCCUAUCGAUACGCCAAUCGAUAGGUCUUGUCGGCGAGCUUUCAGAAUUUUUCGCAUGCGGCCCUGUGGGCACACUCGGCUGGGGAAACAAAUAGCAAAGCAAAAUAGACAUGAGCACUGUAAAAAAGUCAUUUUGAACAAAUCCGAAAAACUGAGGCGCCCCAUUUGAUAUUUCUGUGCUGGACGAGCUCGUGUAAAGCACUAUCCCAAUCCGAACGAGUGGACCCAGAUAGGUGGCCACCAGCCAGGCGGAAUUUACGCAACAAGGAGAGGGCAGCAACAAAAACAAAAACACUGAACCGAACCACUACGAAGCGGAGAACGUAGAACAGCGACCACAAAACACAGAUCACGGAACUCUACAUAACAUAUAUCCAUCAUGGCGAAUAUGGCAGUAUCGCGUAUCAAGCGGGAGUUCAAGGAGGUGAUGCGCAGCGAGGAGAUCGUGCAGUGUUCCAUCAAAAUCGAACUGGUGAACGACAGUUGGACAGAGUUGCGGGGCGAGAUUGCCGGACCGCCGGACACACCCUACGAGGGCGGCAAAUUCGUCCUGGAGAUCAAAGUACCCGAAACAUAUCCCUUCAAUCCGCCCAAGGUCCGCUUCAUCACUCGCAUUUGGCAUCCCAACAUUUCAUCGGUGACAGGCGCCAUCUGCCUGGACAUACUGAAGGACAACUGGGCCGCUGCAAUGACCCUUCGCACGGUGCUCUUAUCGCUGCAGGCACUGUUGGCAGCCGCCGAGCCAGAUGAUCCCCAGGAUGCUGUGGUGGCCUAUCAGUUCAAGGACAAGUACGAUCUUUUCCUGCAGACGGCCAAGCACUGGACGAACGCCUACGCCGGCGGGCCGCACACUUUUCCCGAUUGUGAUUCAAAGAUCCAACGCCUCAAAGACAUGGGCAUUGACGAGCACGAUGCUCGGGCCGUGCUUUCCAAGGAGAACUGGAAUCUGGAGAAGGCCACCGAGUGCCUAUUCAGUUAGCUUGACUAGACACUCGAUCCAUCCAGCAACAUCAGCAACUUCAAGCGAACCCUUUACAUAGGCAACCAAGCUAAAUUCUAGUUCGUCAGGCGGCGCAGAGCCAUGCAAUCUUUACAAUCAUGUCCCCUCCUUCCAUUUAAAAUGCCCUUUGAAUGCUAAAUGCUAAUUUAGAGUCCUUGAAACUCACAAACAAAUUGUAAAUUUUUCCUGUUUUUGUACCCGAAAUUGUAUUGCCCUAAAUUUGUAAAUUUAUUACUUAGUUUCACCUAUUUUGAUAUGCAUCCACAUUGUAAAGCUUGAAGUUUCGCCAGAAGGUUGAUCCGGAGGCAGCGUGCGCGUCCCCUGAGGCCCAGGGUACCAUGGCAUCCACACAUUUCAUAUGUGCAGUCGCAUUUACUUGCAAGAUCCCGUCUUAAACCAUACUUUUGCAACCCUAAUUUAUGCCACAAAAUAUGUCUUAAAAAAUUCAAUGUGAAAAAUGGAAGUGUAUAACAAAUCGAAGUCUUUGUAAAUUGCGUUAAGUUAAUAAAUAAAUAAACAAAUAUUAAGAAAUGUGUAACUGGACUAAUUAGA